AUGAAUCUCCUUUUGCUGUCUUUGCUUAUUAUACAAAACGUCACGAGCUAUUUGGAGAAUUUUAAAAAUGGAGUCAACACACAGUUUGUUAAAGGUAGUUACAAAAUGAGGGACAUGUUUCAUUCGCAUAAGGGUGACAACGUGAAGUACGGCCCUGGAAACGAAGUGCACAAUUUGAAUACCCUGAGCGGGGGAGACUCCCGAGGGAGCACCGGAACACCUGGCUCAUAUUUCAAGUCACAACAUGCCAAAAUUGACGUGAAUAAGUUGGACUCCCUUUUGAACGCAUCUAAUUAUCUGAAGCCGCUUCAGCAUCUCCUAAAAAGUAGUGAAUCCAUGAAAAUGUUCACCAGCUCAGCUAUCCAGUUGUCACCAUAUAGGUUGUCUCGAAAACUAAACGAUGAUUCUUCAAACUACGAUGAGUGGGAAGACGACGAAAGUUUUCUAGAAACGAAUGAAAGUGACAAUAUGAGCGAUAGGGAAGAAGAUAAUGAAGAGUACGAUCACUUCGACGAGCAAGACGCGGAGAGCUUUCUCGAAACAGACGAGUAUGACGAAAUUAACGAUGGCGAUAAUGAUCACGACGCUGAGAAUGACGAUUUUUCCGGAGACCAUGAAGAAAGCUUCCUUGAAAAAGAAGAAUACGAUGACGCCAGUGACAACGAAAACGACGAGUUCUAUGAUGAGGAUGCAGACAGCUUUCUCGAGCAGGAUGAGUACGAAGAUCUAAGUGAUAACGACAAUGACGAAUUUGGUGAGCACCAUGGGGAGAGUUUCCUGGAAAAAGAGGAUGGUGAUGAGGAAAGCACUGAGGACAAUGGAAAGGAUUUCAAAGAGGAGUACCAAAAUAAAAUGAAUGACGCGGAGUACCCGGAUGAGUACGUUGGAAAGGACGACAACACCAACGGUAGCGUGGGAACCACACAGAGCAGCAAGGAAAAUGCAAGCAGCGAGAAUGCAGGCAACGAAAAUGGAAGCAAUGUGAAGGAACUAAAAAAUAAAGAAAACGAAAGCUUUUUAGAGAAAAACGUCAAUGGACAGACAGAGGAAGAAAUUGAAAAGCGCAGCACCUUUGUGUCUAGAUAUAUAGGUAACGACAACAUGGACGAUAAUUACAAUGACGAAAAUUCUGAUGAGGACAGCUUUCUAGAAGAGGACUCGUACAGCUAUAAUGACGAUGAGAAGAGUGAUGACACUUACGAUGACUACUUCGAGGAUAGCUUCUUGGAGCGCGGAAAACUCGGAAUGCCAUACAGUGAUUACUACGAGGAGGACGCUGAUGAGGAGGACACCAAGGAAUCCAACGAAGACGUCUUCGAUAACCACCACCUGAACGAGAUGAUCAACACCAACGAUUUGCACUCCUUUAUCCAAAAAGACAUGGGAUACAUUGACGAAAUAAUGAAUGACAACGUAACUAUAAAGGAUGCAGUGAAGAAGGGAUCCAAAAAGGCAACGAACCAGGCCAUGUCCAAGGAUAACCUUAUUAACGAGGAAGAAUUUAUAGAGACAGAAUCCUUUUUGGAUGAUGAACUAAAUGGAUUAAUGAAGGAAAAUAUGGAUGCUUCUAAGUCAGAUGCGAAAAAAGCUACAGCCACCUUGAGGAACUCGGAAAAAAAGAAAAAUGCGACCAGCGCUGAGGGUAAGGGUAGCCCCUCGAAGGGCAACGCGGGCAGCUCGAUCACCGCAACCAACACAGGAAAUGCAGCCAACCCCACUACGAAGAGCAAGAGAGAGACGAGCAAAAAUCAAACCGAUUUGUCCAACGAAGAUGUUUUCAAUGACGAACUCACAGAAGAGGUCAUUGCAGAUUCGUACCAAGAUGGAGGAGAUCUAGAAAUCGAGGCAGGUGAAAGUCCUACAAAUUCAUUUGACGACAAGCUGCUAGACCAAGGAGUGAAUGAAGACACCCUGCUGAACGAUAACAACAUGAUUUACAACGCGAACAUGGUUCCACAUAAGAAGCGAGAAUUGUACAUCAAUCCGCACAAGCAUACCUCUUCGACAGACAAUAAAAGUAGCAAACACCACACGGCGGACGUCGACGCCUUGGACAAAAAACUAAAGGCUCACGAAUUGCUCGAACUGGAAGACGGAGAAGGAAAAAACUCAGUGAUCGUCGAAACGGAAGAAGUGGAUGUUGACCUAAACGGAAAAAAGUCAAGCAGCUCGGUGUCCUUUCUCAGCUCCGUAGUUUUCUUACUCAUCGGAUUGUUAUGCCUCACCAGUUAG